CGUCGAUCUUCGACUCCUCCUGAAACUUCUCCUCGUCCUCUACUAAUUACUAUUCCCCGAAAUGAGGUUUCUUCUUUCCUUGUUGGCACUCUCCGUUGAGGCAGGCCUGGUCCUCGGCAAGCCCUAUGCGAGGAAUGGGAUCAUCUAUGACGAAACUCCUGAGCCACUGAAAGCAAGACAUGAAGUUCGUGAUCUUGGAGCUGAGGAAUCGAUCCUAGACAUCGUCGCUAGCUGUGGGAAUUCAUACAAUUUGUUCACCACUGGAACAGGCCCGGUUCCCACGGGCAAACCUGAUCCCAACUUCGAUUACCUUUCAUUCUGCUGUGCAUUCAAUCAACCCACCAAGACGUUGACCUCAAUCUCCUACUAUCCAACCACGGUCACGCUAGCAGGCACACCUUCCACGGUCACUGCGGUCACGACAUCGACAGCUACACUCGCUGGGUCAGGCACAGCAACCGCGACAUGCCCAAUACCGGCACCAUCGAUGAUCUGUGGACAAGGUGGAUGGGGCUACGCUACGAACAACAUCUAUUCUAAAUCCGGCAUAGAUGCCAUAGCUUGUCACGAGUUGUGUUUGGCGAACUCUGCUUGUCAAAGUUUCCAAGUUGAGACUAACAGCAGUACAACAACCCCGACAUGCAAUCUUUACAAGGUCGAUCCAUCAGGCAACAACACCAUUGCAUCACCAGCUGCACCAUUUUCUUUUUUCGCCCGCGACUGUCCUGAUCAUAUCCCAGCAGCUUGCAGCAAUGCCGGUAUCCAAGUCCCUCCAAUUGUCAUUGUGCCCCCUCCUUCCGCGUCAACGACGGCCCCUAUUGUAAUCGUCACUCCACCAGCAUUUAAUCCAGACACGGUAAUCAUCACACCGACACGAAUACCUGGUCCCGUUGUUACUGAGCGUGCCGAACAAUGGGCAACUAUACCAUGGUUCCUACAGCCAUUUGGGACAGCAACCUUGAGUGAAGUAUGCUCGUGCAUUUACACUCAUAAUAUCCCAGCUACCACCGUUCUGGGCGUUCUUCCCAAAGCGACCACCAUUUAUCUUGCCCUUCCUGGAACAAUUGUGACCGCUUUCGUAACAACUGUUGUCACAAUUGGAGGAGGACAGCCGGUGACAAGCAUAGCAUGAAUUGGGAUCUAUCAUUCUAAUGAGUAAUAAUUCUAUGGAGAGCGACCGGGGGCACCAAAGGCCGAACAUCCUAAAGCCCG